CGAAAGCCCAAAACAAGUUCUCGUAAAAGAUGACGACCACACGGCUAAAUAACCACUCAAUUGGACAGCAAAGUCGCUGUUAAGCGACUCGCUUUUCCACCAUGAAUCUGAGAGGACUUUUUCAAGAUUUCAAUCCCAGUAAGUUUCUGAUCUACUCCUGUCUAUUGCUGUUCUCUGUGCUACUGUCACUGAGGCUGGAUGGCAUCAUCCAGUGGAAUUACUGGGCAGUGUUCACCCCAAUAUGGCUCUGGAAGCUUCUGGUCAUCAUCGGGGCCUCGGUGGGCACAGGAGUCUGGGCACACAACCCCCAAUACAGGGCUGAGGGUGAGACCUGCGUGGAGUUUAAGGCCAUGCUGAUCGCAGUGGGUCUCCAUGUCCUGCUGCUCAUGUUUGAGGUGUUGGUGUGCGACCGAGUGGAAAGGGGUAGCUACUUCUGGCUGCUUGUCUUCAUGCCCCUCUUUUUUGUGUCACCCGUCUCCGUGGCAGCCUGUGUAUGGGGGUUCAGGCAUGACCGUUCCCUUGAGCUGGAGGUGCUGUGUUCAGUCAACAUUCUCCAGUUCAUCUUCAUUGCCCUGAGGUUGGACAAGAUCAUCAAUUGGCCUUGGCUGGUGGUGUGUGUCCCCUUGUGGAUCCUCAUGUCCUUCCUGUGCCUAGUCGUCCUUUAUUACAUUAUCUGGUCCGUCCUGUUCCUGCGUUCCAUUGACAUCAUUGCUGAGCAACGCCGCACUCACAUUACCAUGGCGAUCAGCUGGAUGACCAUUGUGGUUCCCCUACUCACCUUUGAGAUCCUUCUGGUGCACAAGUUGGAUGGCCAUAAUAAUCUCAGCUAUGUAUGUGUGUUUGUUCCUCUCUGGCUGUCCCUCCUCACCCUCAUGGCUACCACCUUCGGCCAAAAAGGGGGGAAUCAAUGGUGGUUUGGCAUCCGUAAAGACUUCUGCCACUUCCUGCUGGAGCUCCUCCCCUUUCUGCGAGAGUAUGGCAAUGUUUCUUAUGACCUCCAGCAUAGCGAGGACCCCGAGGCCCCUGAGGACCUGCCAGUCCCUGAGCCAGCACCAAAGAUCGCACCCAUGUUCCACAAGAAGACAGGCGUGGUCAUCACACAGAGCCCCGGGAAGUACUUUGUCCCCCCGCCUAAACUCUGCAUUGAUGUACCUGACUAGUACAGAGCAUCAGAGCCAAAAUGGCAGAGGCCUCAGCAAGGAUUGGGUUUUACUAUUUUUGAAGACAAGCACUUGAUCCCCCCAGCAAAACCCAACUAUUGGUUGACUGGGGUGAUUAAAUUGAAGCCGGAAUUGAGGUUGGCUCUGUUGACCUGACAGCCACAAAGUGGGUGGCCUCUUUUUUUUCCAGGUGUCCUUACUGGACCAAGUACUUUGUCCACCCUGCCAACCCGAACUGACCAGUAUGAAAUGGAUGGCUGUGUGUUGACCCUAACAUGGGACAUUGUACUUUAUUGCUGAUCAGUGAUUUGCUCUGCCUUUCCAGGUCUUUUCGUAUUGAGCAAAGCUAACCCCAGGAUGAUUCUCUUGGGCUUUCUCAAAUAACCUGACUGAUUAACAGAGGCAAAAUGGGAGUGGCUCUACAUGGACUUUCUAAAGUGUUGGACCUGUUUAACACAGAUGACCUCUGCUUCGGUUUCAGAGACUUAGUCCAAGGUGGCCCUUGCCUUGUUUUCAUGGGGACCAUUCAACUGAGGGUUGAAUUUGGGACCAGCACACCCCUGUUGCUCCUAUUAUCAAUUUUUGACCAGUUAGAUGGAGUGAGCGAGGGGAAAGCGACAUUAGAACAAUUACAAUUACAAUGGCACUUUGUUGGCUUCUUCCAAGAGGAGAGGAGUUGUCUAUUUUAGUGUUUUGUUGUUGGUUUUUUUGUAAAUAACAGACGCUGGCUUGUUAGGGACCAGAGUGGAAAUUUGUGUUGGACAGAUAUUUGAUAUUUGCAUUAAGAAAACAGCCCUGGCUCACACUAUUUGCAAACUAUUUCUAGCCUUUGUUUUUGAUAGUGCCGGGUACAUGGGUAGUCAAAAAAAGAAUUCUUAUCUGACUUUGGAAUGUGUCACUAGUUAAGCUUUAUGGCACCCAUGAUAUGAGCAUAUGCAAUCCCAAACCAUCUGGCACUAAGUUAGAUUGAAACUAUCCAAAGUUGGAAAUGCUGUUUGACCCAGGUCUGAUAAGCGAAACAUGAUUCCCAUUUGGCUAAGGCCUCAUCCCAUAACAGAUCCCUCUGGUGUUAAAUUGAUCGUUACGUUUCUCAACAUAGGCAAAAAACGUACUCAGAAAUACAAAAUAUUUUAAUUUCUGACAUUAAAUAUUUCAGACCCUUUUAUUUUGAUAGCUUAGUUACAGUAGUUUUAGUCUACACCUUGUAGUGUUCAUUUAUGGUUGUAAACCUUCCAUUUUUGCCCCCCCCCCCCAAAAAAAUCAGUAAAUGGUUCUCAUUAUUGGGAAACUCAUUAUGAGCAGGGCAAAAAGUUUCUCCACUAAUCAAAUUUACCAGAUUCUAGUUAUUCACCAGACACUACUCCAUGUUACCAGCCAGAUCAAAUUGACCAUUAAAAAUGAAUUAUCUGUGAAGCUGGCUGCAGGAGUAGAAAAGACAAGCUACUGGCCGGAGGUGAAAUGUACCUGAAUUGGACUUGUGGUUACAAACAAGUCUUAUUGGUGGAGCACACACCUGUAGUGAAUCUGCUACUAUACGUGAAGCUUGUUUAGGUAUGGGGUCGAAUAUUUUCUGUUGAAACCAUCAUACUCAAAUCACUCCCUCAAACUUAAGGAAAGGGAUAUGGCUUUGAUUCCAGAUUUUGCUUUGUGCAAGAGCAGUACUUGCAGCCUGUUUAUCCCAGCAGUGCUGUAGAUUAAAGGAAAAUGGGGCCUUUUGGCAUCAUAUUUUAGUGGUUACUAGUGGUGAAAAGGGGAAUGGCAUCAUGUUGGAGAAAUGGGGUCUCACCGUUGAUCUUAUCUCUUUCACACAGGGUAGUCGAGACUCUCUCACAAAUCAGUUGUUUUCCUUGUUUUGUCAGCUGGUUAUCACUCAGCUGCAACAGAUUUUUUAUUAAAGCACAAAUAUCUAUCCAGAAAAAUAUGCCAGGACGCUGGAAUCAUUCUUCCUCUGCUUUUGUUUAAGUGAUUAAACAAAUUAAGCAAAUGAGACAGUAGAGCUGCUCUAUGAAGUGGAGGGUCUGGAAGUUGCAAUAAUAACUACUGCAGUUUCCCCCCCUUUUUUUUUAUUUUAAUAAUUUUCUGGACAGAGUUCCUGGUCUACAAAUAAAGUUCCUUGACAGAAGACAAACUAACAUGAACAUGUUGAACAUGUUUUGAGCUGAUACAGAAGUUUAUGUAGAAAUGUAUUGAAAUUGCUAGACUAUUCACCCUGAAAUAUUAUGACACACCCAAACAGAUAUAUAUUUCCAUUGAUGUUUUUAUUAUGCCAGUGUUGUACCAAUAUCUGAAUGCUGUCUGCUGUAGUCUGUGUAUACAUUUUGCAUCAUUUAUUUUGUCAUGUUAAAAGUUGUGGCAGCAGAAGGCUAGGUUGUAGCCAUAUCUGUUAUGUAAACGUUAGCCAGGCUAACAUAGAUUCCUAUUGUUGUUCUGUCCAGGGGCUCAGUUUAUUAAACAGACUACACAAUAAAUGUUA